AUGUUUUUUAUUUUGGGCUUAUGUACAAAAAAACCCAGAAAACUUCGACGACGUUAUUCUUUUUAUCGACUUAGUCUUACACUCAUUUUCAUACUUAUUUUUAUGAUAUUUUCUACAAUAAUAUUAUUUAAAUCCCUGUCCACAUCAGACUAUUUCAAUGUGUUAAAAAAUUAUGAUAAAAAUAAAACUUUAAUUCUUAAAACUUAUAAUGAAUCAACUCAUUAUAUUUAUAUUGAUAUUGGUUGUUUUAAUGGUGAAACUGUUGAACAUUUUAUUCAUUUUACUCCAAAUAGUUCAUUAUAUGAUAUAAUUACAUUUGAACCUGAUCCAGCUAAUUAUGAAUUAUGUACAAAACAAUUAAAACAACAAAAAUAUCAAAAUUAUAACAUAACUAUAAUAUCUAAAGCUGCUUGGAUACGUAAUGAAAAAGUUCCUUUUCAAAUUAAUCGUGGACAAAGAAGUCGAAUAGAUCUAAGUAACACUAAUCAAAGUCAUUUACUAAUGUUAGAUGCGAUUGAUUUUUCAUUGUGGCUUUCUCGUUUAAUUAUAUCAAAUAAUACUAAAUUAAAUAUUAAAAUAAGUAUACCAGGAGCUGAAGUAAAAGUUCUUCGAAAAAUGCUUAUUGAUGAUACAUUCAUAUUAGCAGAGAAAUGGAAUAUUGAAUGGACCGAUCGAUCAAAUCCUCAUAUACGUCCAGUACGUAUGUUUAUUCAAUCAAUGCUUGAUUCAUUAGGAUAUGGUUUUCAAUAUUUUACAAGUUUACAUGAUGUACGAAAAGUAUUUCAAAUGAAUGGAACACAGGCUGAUAUAAAAAAAUAUUAUGAUUGGAAAAGCUUACCUGAACUUGAUACAUAUUGUCAUUAUAUUCAACGACCUGUCGUUAUUGAUCCACCACGUACAACAAAAUCAAGAGGAAAAUUAAAAAAAUUUUAA